AUGCCUCCGGCUAAGGGUUCUCGUCUUGAGAAUUCUUGGAUUGAAAGGCCAACAAAUUCUUCAUCGCGUGUCUCAAAAUUUCUACGGAAGAGAGUUAUUGAUGAAUUAAGCCAUCAAAAUGUAAUGAAUCAAGUAGGGUUCUCCACAAACUGGCGUGAUCAUCCCAAAAUCAUAUACAGCCGUAAAUGGAUAAGAAAUGAAAUGAGUUUUCCAAUUGAUAAUAAGCGACUUGCACCUAUCAUGGAAUACUUUCUAUUUUUAUCCGCUCCUUCAAAGGAGGAUUAUAUGAACAAUGUAACAUUGAAUCAGCGUGUGCAACUUCUAUUGGAUGCUGGUAUCGUUGAUUAUAAUGGCGUGCCAAAAGAGGGACCAUCGACCCCUUCUAUUGUUCAUGAGCAGCUGCCUUGUUUGCGUAACCAUGGUUCACCAAUCCCGACAUUUGCUAAUAUGAAUGUUCUUUGUAACAACCCUGUUUCGGACGGUGGAAAUAUAAGGACUAUCCAAAAUAAUAAUUCUAUAAGUUUUCCUACAACAAAAGGAAAAUCCGUCCAAUAUGAAAAUUUUAAUCCGAAGUUACCUCAAAUUGUCUCGGCGGAUAUUUUGGAACAUUCCAAUUGUUUUCCUCAGCAACAUACAAAUAAUUUGAACAUGGAUUUGACAAGAUACAGUGGAAGUAUGGGGAAUAUCCAAAAUAAUGAUUCUAUAAGUUUUCCUACAAGGAUGGGAAAUUCCCUCAAAUGUGAAGAUUUUAAUAUGAAGUUACCUCAACUUAUCUCGACGGAUAUUUUGGAACAUUCCAAUCGUUUACCUCAGCAACAUGCAAAUAAUUUCGAGACAGAUCUGACAAAAAAUAGAGAUUGCUUUGAGAUGAUUACGCAGAAUAAUGAGUGUAUGAGUUUUCCUAACAUGAUGCCAAGCUUCGAAUUGAAUAUUCAGAAGAAUUUCACUCAUGAUGGUAAUACUGAAGCCAUGCUAAGACCUACAAAAAUACAGAAAAUGACGGAGUCUACUUUUGGCGUCUCUUUAGUUAACAAUGCAAGUGCUGAGCAAUUGUCUUACAAGAUGGUUCAACCUCAUUCUAUUGAAGCACUUUCCGAAGUGCAGCAACAACAGUUAGAAUUUCCCUUCGCAUCUGUCGAUGGUGAAGUUGAUAAGUACAGUGUGGAAGAGUUUACAAAUCUAGUUCUUGGCUUUAGUGAGAUAAACAGCAAUGUGAUGGUUGAUACAUUUGGAAAAACUUUAAAGACUAACACAUUUCCCUCUAAAGGCUUAGAAGUUGCUACUGAAAGGCAUGAUGUGAUGGAUAGCAACAACUUAAAUGAAUUUGACAUUGGAUUGAGUUCCAAUAUGCGUACUCUCAGUAUGGAUGAUAUUCCUACUGAUGGAGGGGGUAUAAAAGGAAGAAAUGAAUUUGACCAGGCUGAGACAAAUGCUAAAAAGAAAGUUCUUGAGCCAAAAGCCGAUCAAGAGAUGCAAAUAAAGUCUUCAAGUACAAUUGCUGGGGAGAUACAGAACAAUGCGAGUGUUGAUACAUUUGGACAGACUUUCAAGAGUGAAAUAACUCCCUCAAAAGGCUUAGAUGCUAGUCCGGUGUUUGAGGAGCCAGAUCCUGAAAUCCAUGGUGUGUUUGACAUUGGAUUCAACCAGGAGGCGACAAAUGCUAAAAAUAAACAGAAGCAAAAGGCUGAUCAAGAGAAGCAAACAAAGUCCUCAAAUACAACAGUUAAUGCUGUUUCCUUGAUUGAUUUGUUCACACGUGAUCAAAUAAAAGAACAUAUUAAUAGUCUGAGAAAGGAAUCCGUUCAGAGGACAACAGUGGACGGCACAUGCCAAUUAUGUACAAAGAAAGCUUUCUACUUCGCAUCAGUACAAGUUUAUUGCUUACAUUGUCAAACCCGUAUCAAGCGAAACGCAAAGUAUUUCUGUAGAAAAGGAGAAGAAUUUGAUGCAGAGCGUUGCUUUUGCUCCUCCUGCUAUAACCGUUCUAAAGGCGGGUGCAUUAUAUUCAAUGGGACAUCUAUUUGUAAGACACUUUUUGAACAAAAGAAAAAUGAUGAAGUACUUGAAGAACCAUGGGUUGAAUGCAAUAAAUGCAAAAGAUGGCAACAUCAAAUAUGUGCACUAUAUAACAGCAAAAGAGAUUUGGACUGCACUGCUGAAUAUACAUGUCCUUUUUGCCACGUAAAAGAAAUUGAAAAUGGAACGCAUGUUCCCUUACCAAAGACUACUAUUUUUGGUGCUAAGGACUUGCCGAGAACCAUGCUUAGUGACCACUUAGAGAAAAGACUUUAUGAGCGUCUCAUGCAAGAGAAAGCAGACUGGGAAAAAAUCGAAGGGAAUGAGAAUCUUGAUGAGGUUGUAGCAGCGAAAAGUCUUACAGUUAGAGAAGUGUUAUCUACUGACAAACAACUGAUAGUGGAGAAGCAAUUUCUGGACAUCGUUCCAGAGGAGAAUUACCCUGCCGAGUUCUCUUAUAGAUCAAGAGUUAUUCUUCUGUUUCAGCAGAUUGAAGGAGCAGAUGUAUGCAUAUUUGGAAUGUACGUCCAGGAGUACGGCUCGGAAUGUGCCAAUCCGAAUCAACGUUGCAUAUAUAUUUCAUAUCUUGAUUCUGUCAAUCAUUUUAUACCUCGAAGACGGACUAGGAGCGGAGGAGCUCUUCGUACCUUUGUUUACCAUGAGAUAUUGAUUGGGUAUCUUGAUUUUUGUAAGAAACGAGGUUUUACAAAAUGCUAUAUAUGGUCCUGUCCUCCUAAAAAAGAGGAUAAUUAUAUUCUACAUUGUCAUCCAAAAACUCAAAAGACUCCAAAGGAUGAUAAACUAGUGGACUGGUAUCAUUCAAUGCUAAAAAAGGCUACUGAAGAAAAUGUCGUUGUUGGUUUAACCGACGUGUAUGAUCAUUUUUUUGUUCCUACUGAAAAAUGGAACUCCAAGGUGACAGCUGCUCGUUUGCCAUACUUCUAUGGAGACUACUGGUGUAAUCAUGCUAUGGAACUAGCCAUCGACAUUGAAAAAGAGUGUGGAGGAGAGUAUGAAAAGACAUUGAAGAAAGUAGUGAAAAAUAGAUCUUUAAAGGCCAUGGGACAUGUAAAUCCUUUGAAAGGCAAUGCCAAAGACAUUAUGGUGAUGCAAAAACUGGGCCAAAUUAUGUUGCAGUCAAAGAAAAACUUCAUCGUAGCACACUUGCAGUAUUCAUGCAUUCACUGCCAUGAAGCAAUACUAUCUGGGAAGCGAUGGUUUUGCACUAAAUGCAAGAAAUUUCAGGAGUGCGAUAGAUGUCAUACCGCUGAUGUACACACUUCAAUUAAUGGCGAGGUGCAUACACUCUGUCAGGUUGUUGUGGAUGAUAUCCCCUUCAACACCGAACAAAAUGAUAUCAUCAUUGAGAAUGAAUUAUUUGAAAGUAGGAGUAAAUUUUUGAGGUUCUGCAAGAAGAAUCAGUUUCAGUUUGACACGCUCCGCCGUGCCAAGUACUCCACAAUGAUGAUCCUAGAUCAUCUUAAGGGUCUUACUCUGCUGACUGUUGGAACAGUAUGUAGCAUUUGUUCACAGAAUAUACUCCAACAGAGCUGGAAAUGUGAGGUUUGUCCAAAAUAUGUUGUUUGCUCUGCAUGCUAUAAGGAUAAGGGUGCUGACUGCCAUCAACACAAGUUGACUCAAAAGUAUUCAACAACACCAUGUCUAUCCGGGAAUCAGGAGUUAAAUCAGAUAUCGGUGCCGAUGCGAUGGAAACUGAUGGAGGUUUUGGAGCAUGUAUCUCAAUGUUCCUCAACUAAAACUGAAAGAUGCUGUUAUCGAAACUGUUUUCAAAUGAAAAAGUUAUUAGUUCAUGCCAACCAGUGUACUACUCGAGUUUUGGGGGGCUGCCGUCGCUGUAAAAAGGUUUUGCAGAUACUAACUUAUCACUGCAAGAAUUGCAAAGACUCAGAAUGUCGCAUACCACAUUGCAUGGAUAAGCUAGCAGAAUUGAUAGCCAAACAAUCUGCAUCUCAUGAUAUAGCUGCAGUUGUGGAAAGCAACAGAAGUCAAUGAAUCUUUGAAAUAGUUAGUAAAUAAGCUUAUAAGAACUGUAAAUUCAAGAAUAGCUUACGUUUUCAUGCAUCAACUCUUUUGAAACAUGCUUUACAAGUUGUUUAUUUCGGGGCUUGUAUAUAUGCAAUUGACUCUUUUUCCUUUCACCAUGAUUUUAUUUCUUAGGAUUUUUUUUAGAAGAUUUUUA